AUGGAAACAGGGAACCAAACAGCUAUUUUAAAAUUCAUCCUUCUGAGCCUUUCGGAAGAUAUGGACCUGCAGCCCCUCCUCUUUGGGCUGUUCCUGUCCAUGUACCUGGUCUGUGUUAUAGGGAACCUGCUCACCACCCUGGCCAUCAUCUCAGACUCCCACCUCUACUCCCCCAUGUACUUCUUCCUCUCCAACCUGUCCUUCACUGACAUUUUCAGCACCACCACAGUCCCCAAGAUGUUACUGAACAUCCAGACGCAGAACAAAGGCAUCAGAUAUGAAGGCUGCCUUACCCAGAUGUAUUUUUUCAUGAUCUUUGCUGGGCUAGAUAAUUUGCUACUGACAGUGAUGACCUAUGACCGGUUCGUGGCCAUCUGUCACCCCCUAUACUACAUGGUCAUCAUGAACCCUCGCCUUUGUGGUCUCCUGCUUUUGCUUUCUUGGUUGAUCUGCCUGACAUAUUCUUUGUUGCAAAGCUUGGUUUUGAGGGUGUCCUUCUGCAAAGAGACAGAAAUCCCCCACUUUUUCUGUGAACUUGCUCAGAUUCUCAAGCUCACCUGCUCUGACGCCCUUGUUAAUGACAUCCUGCUGUAUUUUGUAACUGGCCUGCUGGGUGUUAUUCCCCUGACUGGGAUCCUUUUCUCUUAUCUUAUCUCCUCCAUAAUGGGCAUUUCAUCUACUGGUGGGAAGUAUAAGGGCUUUUCCACCUGUGGGUCUCACCUCUCAGUCAUCUUGUUCUAUGGUGCAGGCCUUGGGGUCUCCCUCACUUCUGGAACAGCCCAUCCCUCCAGAAAGGGUUCAGUAGCCUCAGUGAUGUACACGGUAGUCACCCCCAUGCUGAAUCCCUUCAUCUACAGUCUGAGGAACUGA